UCGACAGAGCCAACGCAUUCAGAUCAAAUCGCGAUCAAUGGCGUCGCAGAGCAUCGAGAGCCACCGCGAUGGCGCCGAGGUGUACCACGGAGACGCCCUCUGCAAAAAGAAGUCCGUCCAACUGCUGCAGCAGCUCGGCCUCCCCGACGGCCUGUUCCCGCUGGACGACAUCCAGGAGUUCGGGCACAACAAGGCCACCGGCUUCAUAUGGCUGGUCCAGAAUAAGAAGAAGAACCACACCUUCAAGAUGAUCAAACGGCAGGUGUCGUACGCCGCCGAGGUGACGGCCAUCGUGGAGGACCGCAAGAUGAAGAAGAUGACCGGGGUGAAGACCAAGGAACUCCUGCUCUGGCUCUCCGUCGUCGAGAUGUACAUCGACAAUCCUUCCACCGGGAAAAUCACCUUCAAGACUGGCACCGGCCUCUCCGAUAGCUUCCCGGUGCCGGCCUUCGAGCUCGGCGAGUGAGGUAUAUAUUCGCACACACACCGCGCAGUCGCCUUCAAGUUUCAUACAAAUAAAUUAGAUAAAUAAUUGUUGAAAAUGUGAAUGAAAAAUGAGCUAAGUUUAGUCCCAUAUUGAAUGUUAAAGCUGAUUUAAAUAGA